UGUGCAAAAUAAAUUUUUUGCAAAUUGCAACGUGAUCAGUUGACCACUGUUCAUUGAAACUCAUUAUCAAGCUGAUGAUGAUGAUGACGAGAUCCAUAAUUAUUGCAGUCUUGAUAAAUUGUCUAAUUGGGGGAGCAUUGUCAACACGCUAUUAUGAAUAUCGUGAUAUAGUAAGUUAUUGUUCAAUAACUGAGGACCAUGUUCUACCUGCCAUAUAUUCCUUGCCUGAUGAUCAAUCAAUAGCUCGAAAACAAACAUGCCAUAAAUACUUUUGUAAUUCAAGUACUAUUUAUUAUGAACCAUAUACUUGUAGUAGAUACUUAAAACCCUUUCAUCGUUUAAGUAGAAGAAAUUUAACAUCUCUUCCAUCAGAUAUUUUCUAUGGAUUUGAUAAUGCAGGUGAUGUGAUUUUUAGUGAAAACAAUUUGACAACUCUUGAACCUGAUUUGUUUAGUAACCUGACUGAAAUUGAAUCUAUAUUCCUGGAUGAUAAUAAAUUAACGUCUCUUCCAAAAAAUAUAUUUAAGGGAUUGACAAAGCUAAAACGAGUGUCAUUAAAAUUAAAUAAUCUGACACGUCUUGACUCAACUAUUUUCAAAGACUUGAUCAGCCUCGAUGUUUUAGAUCUUUCAAAUAAUAAUUUAACAUAUAUUCCACAAUGUAUAUUUGAUAGUUUGACAAAGCUAACAUAUUUGACAUUGGAAUCAAACAAGUUGACACAUAUCAAACCUGAUUUAUUCUAUUACCUGGGUAAUCUUAAAUAUUUACUUCUCAGGAAUAAUAAAUUAACAUAUCUUCCACAACUAUUUAAAAAUUUGUAUAAGCUUGAAAUUUUGCAUUUGCAAAAUAAUAAUUUAACAUUUCUUUCACGAGAAAUGUUUACAAGAUUAACAUCUUUAAUUGGAUUAAAUGUUAGAUCAAAUACACUGAUACAUCUCGAGCUUGAUACUUUUAAUAAUUUUUACAAUUUACAAAGCUUAGAUUUAAGUUAUAAUAACUUAACACAUCUUCCAAUUGAUAUUUUUAAUAAUAAUAAAGAACUUGGAGAUUUGUGUUUACAAUCAAACAAGUUUAGUGAAAUUAAACCUCAAGUUUUUAACAAUUUGACUCAAUUAUAUCAGCUCAAUAUUCAAAAUAAUCAAUUAAAAAAUAAUAACAAAAUCAUGGUUAACGUUGAUGAGGAUGUUGUAUUAGAAGAACAAACAGCUGAUGAUGAAAUGAGACCACUUGUUGAUGAGUUAAAAUUACAAGGUCAAGUUGCAGAUGAACCAUUUGAUAAUGACAAGCAAUCAACAAUUAAAACAACAGCAUACAAAGAAUACUUUUGUGAUCCAACUUCGGUUUUUUAUAUGGAAAAUGUUUGUUCUUCAACCAAAGCAAUUGAUAUGAGUAAAAAAAAAUUAACAUCACUUCCAAAAAGAGUUUUUAAUGGACUGGAUUUACUCUGUGAAUUAAAUUUGGAAUUAAAUCAAUUGACACAUCUUGUUGCCAAUGUAUUCACCAACUUGGUCAAUCUAAAUGAAUUAAAAAUCAAUGCCAAUGAUUUACAAUCACUUCCACAAGAAUCAUUCAAUGGAUUAAAAUCACUACGUUGGUUGGAUUUGGAAUCAAAUAAACUGAAAGAUCUUGGGCCUAAAAUUUUCAAUAACUUGUCAAAUCUUCAAUAUUUAGAUUUGAAAAAAAAUAAUUUGACAGUUCUUCCAAAAGAAUUAUUUAUUGGCUUGACAUCACUACAUUGGUUACACUUGGAAUCAAAUGGACUUACAAAGCUUGAACCUGAUAUAUUCAAUGAUUUAUCCAACCUCCACAAAUUAAGCUUAAAUAAUAAUAAAUUAACAUCUCUUCCACAAGGUGUAUUUAAUGGAUUGAAAUCUUUAGAAAAAUUGUAUUUACAAUCAAACAACCUGGAAAAAAUUGAGCCUGAUACCUUCAAAAAUUUGUCCAGUCUCGAAGAAUUAAAAAUUAAUAGUAACAGUUUAUUAUUACUUCCACAAGAUAUAUUCAAUGGAUUAAAUUCACUGACUUGGUUAGACUUGAAUGCAAAUCGACUGGCACAUCUUCACUCUAGUACUUUCAAUAACUUGUCAAAUCUUGAAUAUUUAGAUAUCAAAAAUAAUUAUUUAAGAUCUAUUCCAGAGGAAUUAUUUUUUGGCUUGAAAUCUCUACGUUGGUUGAAUAUAAAUUAUAAUCAACUGGAAAGUAUUAGCCCUUAUACAUUCUUUGUCUUGUCCAAGCUCUGGGAAUUAAAAAUAAAUAAUAAUAAUUUAACAACUCUUCCACCAGAAUUAUUUGAUGAAUUGAAGCUGCUAAAUUCGUUAAAUUUAGAAUCAAAUAAACUGGAUUAUCUUGAGCCUAAUAUAUUUAAGAAAUUAACCAAGCUCUACAAAUUAAACAUCAGUCGUAACAGCUUGGCUUAUCUACCACAUGGUAUAUUUGAUGAAUUAAAAUGUCUCAGUCAUUUGUCAUUGGACCGGAACAAACUUUUUAUUCUUGAGACUGAUAUUUUUGAUAGCUUGUCCAAUCUCAACGAGUUGAGAAUCAAUAAUAAUGAUUUAACAUCACUUCCACCAAGAAUAUUCAAUGGAUUGAAAUCUCUGACUAUAUUGGAUUUAAAUUCAAACAAACUAACAAAUCUUGAGGCUGGAACAUUUAACAAUUUGUCUAAUAUCACCUAUUUAGAUAUCAGCAAAAAUAAUUUAAUACUUCUUCCAUAUGGAGUUUUUGAUGGAUUAAAAUCACUACGUCAUUUAAAUUUGUCGUCAAAUCAAUUGACAUAUCUCGAGCCUUAUAUUUUCAAUCACUUGACCAAUCUUUCUGAAUUAAAACUCAAUGAAAAUUAUUUACCAAUCAUUUCACAAGAAAUAUUUAAUGGAUUGGAAUCUCUAGAAGAGCUGGAUUUACAAUCAAACAAGCUGACAAACAUUGAGCCUGAUACUUUUAGCAGCUUGGCCAAUCUUAGAGAAUUAAAUUUAAGUCAAAAUAAUUUAACAACUCUUUCACCAGGAGUAUUCAAUGAAUUGAAAUCUUUAAGACAAUUGAAUUUACAAUCAAACAAACUGACAAGUAUUGAGCCAAAUACUUUUCAACACUUGUCCAAACUGGCAUCUUUAAAUAUCAGUGUUAAUAAAUUAACACAUCUUUCACAAGAAAUAUUCAAUGGAUUGGAAAACCUGAUAAAGUUGGAUUUGAGAUCCAAUAAACUUACAUGUCUUGAGGCUAAUACUUUUAAAAAUUUGUUUGAGCUUCAAAUUUUACAUUUGCAAUGUAAUAAAUUAAAAUUUCUUUCACGAGAAAUAUUUACAGGAUUAACAUCUUUAAUUGAAUUAAAUGUUCAAUCAAAUUCACUGUCAGGUAUUGAUCAUGAUACUUUCAAUAAUUUAUACAAUUUGGAAGUAUUAUUUAUGAGUAAAAAUAUCUUAAGACGUCUUCCAAAUAAUAUUUUUAAUGAAAAUACAAAACUUGAAUACUUGAGUUUUCACUCAAACAUAAUUAGUAAACCUGAGCCUGAUUUUUUUAGCAAUUUAAAGACUAUACCCUAG